AGAUGAGAGGCAAAUUUCGCUUUUUUUUCAUCAGAAACGGAAGAAAAAAAUUAGUAAUUGUGUCAUGUUUGAGGAUGACAGAUAUAGAAUAAAGAUUUCGUUUUUGUACAUACUAUGCGUUUCUUGUGUGAUGCUGCACCGGUGCUGGAGGUGUCAGUAGGAUUUCGCAAUAUGUUACAAUUUUGGGUGUAUAGGGAAUAUUAUGCCGGACGUUAUCUAUUUGCAAUGGAUCAUUGUAAAAAUUAGACGCCAGGGUUUGGAACUGGAUUGAUUUCUUGACACAACAACUUGGGGAAAAUUCUUCCCAUCACCAUGUUGCAAACGAGGUAGGUGACAUUGUUUGGGGGAUAGCCUAUAUUGCAGAGGUGAAAAACCCAUCUGAGAUCGCUUUUGUCUCCCCCCUAAAAUAUGAUCAGGGGUGCUUGGAUGUUUCGAAGGGAAGAUGACGCCGUGUUAAAAAUCUGUUGUGCACCCAAACAAAACGACAAACCCUGUGCCGAUUCCGAGAGGGUACAGAAAUGGCGAAUGUCUUUGGCAUCCCUAUUAUUUUUCACUGUCCUUCUCUCUGAUCACCUCUGGUUGUGUGCUGGAGUUAAACUGAGGUCCAAGGAUAGGAGCAACCGCAAAAUCUGGAGUAACGCGACUGACGGGGUCCACCCGGCUCUAAAUGAGGAGAAAUUUGGUAUUUUUCUAAGCAAUUUCACCAAAUCCGCUGCUCCAAGUCCUCAUUGCACUGAUUCUCAAAGCCACCACACUCACCUGGAGUCAGCCUGCACCACGUUGUAUCAGCAAAAAAAUGGCUUUGGGUCCUCUUUCUCAACUCCAUCAACGUUCUCGUCACAGAUGUUACUUGAUUAUUUUAGGAAUUUUAGCCUUUCUUUUUGUGAUUCUUACACCAUCUCCGACUUACUGUUGGGGAUGUCAAGCCCAGACAGUUUGAAUUGCAGUCUUCAGAACAUGGUUUUGGAUUUGUUUAGAGGCGGUGGGGAUGACGAGGAUGUCUGCAGCAUCUGUAUCCAGGCGUACAUGCGGCUGGACCAACACGCUCAGGAAAAAUAUGAAGAGUUUGACUUCUUCUUUCUCAAGUAUUUAUCGGAGGAUUAUUCCGUCCGAUCCCACACAGAAGACUGUAAGUCAGUCUACAAAGCCUGGUUAUGCUCAGAAUACUUCAACGCCACCCAGAGCCAGUGUCAACACAGGAUUCCCUGCAAGCAAUAUUGUCUGGAGGUCCAGACCAUGUGCCCCUUUGUGUUACCAGACAAUGACGACUUGGUCUACGGAGGACUAUCUAGUUUCAUCUGUACAGGGCUACUAGAAAACCAUUUAACCAAUGCAGACCCUGAGUGUUGUGAUGUCAGAUGGAGUGGCUGCGACCCCUCUGUGGGGGCGGCGUGCGCCCUGACACAGCUACCAGGGUCGUCGUCAUGGCAGCGGCGCAGCUCCCCGCCCAUGUCAGCUGCAUCACGGCUGUGCAGCAGCAGACUAAGACUGUGUGUUCUGGUCCUCAUCCUGCUGCACACUGUCGUCUCCUUCUCCACUGUCCAGAGCAGUGGCGCUGUGGGCCUGGAGGCCAUGGUACCCCUGCCCCUAGAGGAGAGCUCUGCCCGAGAGGAAUGACUGAUUUUGAACAAGAGUUUCUACUGUUCCCUGCCUCCAGUCUACAGAGACCCCUUCCUUCACAGUACCUGAGGAGUGUGGCGUUUAUAACCCUCUCUCUCCAUCCAGUCCCCUCCACAGGACAUCAGCAAUGAGGAGGUUAUACACCGUUCCAGGGCAGGCUACAGGUCGGUAUACCUCCUCACCCUCCACCACACCGGAGGAGUGGCGAAGCACGGGCCCUCCCCUACCUCGACACAGAGAGGUAUGGAGGUGGAUGAGGUUUCGAAACUGAGAACCAGACAUGUCUCACAUGUAAGGAGGACAUGAAAGGGCAUAGGGAAAGAGAGGCGGGUCUCCUAUCAUCCCAGGGUCCAGAGGAAGCGUCGAUUUUAUAACUGAAAGAGGUACUGUAUGCUGUUUCUGAGAAAGUUUUGGGUACAAAUGGCCUUUUUCAAGUUUUAUCACUACUCUAUUUAAUGAGUUGAGUGAUGUUUUUGGGGAUUUACGUAUGACGUUGGGUGUUGAGUUUGUGAACUGCACAGUGGGGAAAAGUAUGAGUUGCAGGCUCGUAUGCUAUUUUUUUUAAUCUGGGUGUGUGUGUGUGUGUGUGUGUGUGUGUGUGUGUGUGUGUGUGUGUGUGU